CUCUCCUUAAUCCUACUUAGCUCCGAAUUGCAAUCUGUCAUCGUUUCGUCUUUAUCAACUCCUGACUAUGCCGUUGCUCCGGAGUCAUUUGAAAAGUUGGUUUCCUCAAAAUUUGCAAUCUCCUUAUUCGGCAAUGAUAGCUGGGCAAGCUACGUCGUGCGUACUUUGGCGGCUGAGCAAGGAAAGAAUUCCUUGUUUGGUAGGGUAGGCUGGCCGACAAAAUUGAGUCGACUUCGACGUUCGCCGACAUUUUUGCCAAUGUGAGAAUUUGAUUUACAAAAAUUUAUCAGACUUGUAAAAAGAGGGACUAUUAAAUUAUGAAGUUUUUAAAAUUUCCAUAUGUUUCUCGCGGAUGGAAAAAUGGGGAAUCGUUUGCAUGGGUACGAUGCAGGCAGGACUGAUGAGCGCGUAUGGAUCGUUAGUUUCGAAAUCUGGACAGAUUUUAUUUCUCAAAUCGACCGAUACCAGGAUGUUAGUCUUGAGCGUAUUGCAUUUUUCGAAACAUAUGGACCAUUUGCAAGUCACUUUGGACCGAGGUGUUCGUUCCUAUUUGGAAGCGGGCAUCCUCCGGAGAUGGUUUUCAUGGAAGAACUACCGAAUUAAGGGUCAGCGUAAUGCAAAGGCGGGAUUACAUCCACAUUUAUCCAAGGAAGAUGAAACUGCCCCUGGUCAGUCAUCAACAUUGAGCUAUUUCCUAAUUGUUUGUACCGGAAAUAUAAUUGCCCUCAUGGCGUUUAUUCGAGAUGUUGGUAUAGCUGGGGUUUGUAAAUUCGUUAUUUCGGUGAGGGUAUGGACUGUCAAGAUUUUUGAUUACCGUCUCCAUAACCUGGUAACAAUUAUUACUGAAUGUGUAACGUAUAUGCUUGUGCAAAGACGGUAAUGCGCAUAAGGAUUUGAUAAUAAAUCUCUGCCCUACCUCUAAUACAUAAUCGUUUACCAGUUUAUUGUAUAAAAACCUGUCAGUACUAUACAUUACUCUACUGCUAUCAGUAAGGUAAGAUAUUUGGUACCAAUGGGUAACAAAUUUAUUAUUAAUUGGUAACCAUCUUUUAGGUUUCUUAGGUUUAACAUAAUUGUUUAGAGUAUAGGAACGUCGGAUGGGAGGAAUAAAUUAAAU